AAAGUCAGACGGGCCAGUGAAAGCAUCUGACACUACUGUGCCCAAGCAUUCUUGACAGUCGGCUGUGGGUUGGUUAGCGAUUGGAGUGAAACACUGAUUUCGUUUUCACUUUGAGGAAGGUUUUGUUGGACUGAGGAUGGGGGUCCACUGUUUGCUUGGCGCAUUCAUCUGUGAUAGCUGAGUUUGUUCUCAUCACUGUCAUCACAUACAAGGCUAAAAUAAGUUUUCGGAGCAGAAUCUGUGUGGGAAUAUUUGUUCAUGUUUACUGAAGAGACCCACUAACAACAUGAGCAACAUCUACGAGUCUGCAGCCAACUCCCUGGGCCUGUUCAGCAGCCCCUGCCUCACCAAGGUGGAGCUGCGUGUGGCCUGCAAAGGCAUCUCUGACAGGGAUGCUCUCUCCAAGCCUGACCCCUGUGUCGUUAUCAAGAUGCAGUCUCACGGACAGUGGCUUGAGGUGGACAGAACUGAAGUUAUCCGCAGCUGCAUCAAUCCCACCUUCUCCAAGGUCUUCACCUUGGACUACUACUUUGAGGAGGUGCAGCGGCUCCGCUAUGAGCUGUACGACAUCAGCAGUAACCACAAUGGGAUGAAGGAAGCUGACUUCCUUGGAGCGAUGGAGUGCACUCUCGGCCAGAUUGUGUCCCAGAGAAAACUGUCCAAAGCCCUCAGACAGGGGAACACAGUGGGAAAAUCCUGCAUUACGGUCAAUGCGGAGGAGUUGUCUGGGAAUGAUGACUACGUGGAGCUCACCUUUAGUGCCAGAAAACUUGAUGAUAAGGACUUUUUCAGCAAAUCAGAUCCGUUUUUGGAGAUUUUCCGAGUGAAUGAUGACUCCACCCAACAACUAGUACACAGAACUGAGACAGUCAUGAACAACCUCAACCCUGUCUGGAAAACUUUCAAAGUUUCCCUGAACUCUUUAUGUAGCGGCGAUCAUACCCGAACACUGACGUGCAAAGUGUGGGACUGGGACUCUAAUGGAAAGCAUGACUUCAUUGGAGAGUUUGAAGCCAAGUUUAAAGAGAUGCGGGGAGCAAUGGACGGGAGACAGGUGCAAUGGGAAUGUAUUAAUCCAAAAUAUCAAGUCAAAAAGAAGAAUUACAAGAACUCUGGAAUUGUUAUUUGCAAUCAGUGCAAGAUUAUAAAGAUGCAUUCCUUCCUGGAUUACAUUAUGGGCGGUUGCCAGAUCCAGUUUACAGUUGCUAUUGAUUUCACUGCUUCUAAUGGGGACCCCAAGAACAGCUGUUCGCUGCACUACAUACACCCUUACCAGCCUAACGAGUAUCUCAAAGCGCUAGUAGCUGUGGGAGAGAUAUGCCAGGACUAUGACAGUGACAAAAUGUUUCCUGCUUUUGGCUUUGGCGCUCGGAUACCUUCUGGAGACAAUCCCAGUGGAAGUGUCUCCCAUGAUUUUGCUGUGAAUUUUAAUGAGGACAACCCAGAAUGCGCAGGUAUACAGGGUGUGGUGGAAGCCUACCAGAACUGCCUUCCCAAGAUUCAGCUGUACGGGCCCACUAACAUCGCUCCAAUCAUACAGAAAGUAGCCAACUCUGCCUCGGAGGAGAUGCACACCAAAGAGGCCAUGCAAUACUUCAUAUUGCUGAUUCUAACGGAUGGGGUCAUAACAGACAUGGCUGACACCAGGGAGGCCAUCGUUCACGCCUCACAGUUGCCCAUGUCCAUCAUUAUAGUUGGAGUGGGCAGUGCCGACUUCAGCGACAUGCAGAUGUUGGAUGGGGACGACGGCAUCCUCCGCUCGCCCAAGGGGGAGCCUGUGCUGCGGGACAUUGUCCAGUUUGUGCCCUUUCGCAACUUCAAACAUGCUACUCCUGCUGCGCUCGCAAAAAGUGUCUUAGCUGAAGUGCCCAACCAGGUGGUGGACUACUACAACAGCAAGGGCAUCAAACCCAAGUGCCCGAGCGAGUUGGAGUCUUCCAGGACAUUCGGCCAUUAGGCCACACUGCCCAGUCUAGAACGUCGAUCAUUGCGCAAUUUAAGCACGUUACUGUAACUUAAAUUAUGAAAAAAAACUAACAACUUUUCCUUUUAAUUGUUUUGCAUGUGUAGCCCCUCGUGGCUUGCAUCUGUGUUGCAAUGGUAGUGUUAACUGCUGUGGAGAGAUGGAACAAACAAGGGAACGACCAAAAGGAAUCAGCGUAAUGAGCAUGGUGACUGGGAGUCUACCAGUGAUGUAAUGUAUUUGUUUUUAUAAAGGUGUGUUGGAGUUUUGCUAAAUUUCUUAAUAUUCUUACAGUGAAAAGCAUUUUGGAUCCCUGGGAAUGGAUGUGUCCAUAUUAGAGUUAUCCGCAUCUUCAAAAACAGACUUUUAUGCAGAUACAUGGCUGAUGCAUGAACUGGAUUUUGCAUGUUAAGGAUAAAAUAAUCCUGUUUUUUUUUUGUUCAACCUCAUGUUUUAAUAGAAAUUGUGUAUUUGAGGCUCUUUUCCUAGUUUGUAAUAUUGGCUAUGCCAUAUGAAAGAAUGUUAAGCACAACACAUUUUGAGCAAGAUAUAUAUGAGUAACACUUUAGAAUAUGUUUUGAUUGUUUACAUCUAUUGUAUAAGUUAAUGAAAUGAAUAGUGUGUAUAUUUAUGAAAUAUUUAUCAACUGUAAAGGACGUGUUGCACUAAACCGAUGAAUGUAGCAGCAAAGACUUGUAGUUAAUUUGUGACCCUUAUAGACAGACAGUGAUAUUACUGUGUGCAUUGUGCAUGCCAUCACAAGUCUUCCAUUGUUUCUCCACCUCAUGGGUUGAUACUGAAGUCAAGUUAUUCUGUUGUUUGUAUUCUAAAGUGUUACCAAACCAUGAGCCUGAUAUAUUGUAAUAUUCUUUUUAAUCAAAAAUAAUAAAUAAUUGUUAUUUCA